AUCACUAACGACUAACGACUCACCAUCUUGUGAAACAGCGCAUUGUACACACGAUGCGCAACAUAUGGUAAUUUUUAUUUUCAAAUAGUUUGAUUAAUUACUGCGGUAUGCACUUCCUGAACUGGGUUUGGUAAUUUCGUAGAGACCAUAUUUUGCGAAAGGAUAAAGAUUUGACAAGAAAAUCUGACCUAUGGAACAAAUUCCAACACCAUCGCUCAAAGUAGGAAAGUAUCCAGACAUCAGUUGUCUGCAAUCGAAGGCAGAUACAUCGUCCAAGAUAUAUUGCGUUAAAUCAAUAAGCAAAACAAGCGACAGUGAUGUAUUCAAUACAUUGAAUAGUUCAAAGAUGAAGUACGAGGUCAAUCUAUCUCAUUCAUCACAAGUGUUAAACAACACGACAGAAUAUUCGAAAGAAAACAUGUCCAAAUUACUUUCAAAUGCGACUCAGAAAAAUGGGCAAGGCUUUUGUAUAAAAUAUACAAAUAGUUUGUGUCAUCCAAAGGGAACAUCGCGUUUUAUAGGGAAACCAUCAGGAAAGAGUUCAGCUGAUUUAAAAAAAAAUGGUGAAAAGUUUCUGACCCGUUCAACGUCUUGCGGUAACAUUAACUACUUGAAUUGUGAAGACAAUGAUAUGUAUAAAGAAUGUUUGCCUAGUUCUAAUGUACAUAAUUCUUUGCAUUUAAAUCAUUCUUGUCUUAAAUCGUUUGAGCACUAUAAGAGCAUAGCAAGUACACAGAGUAUGUUAACAGCACUGCCACAAAACUCAAGAGAAACCAACGCAAAGAUUGGGGAAAAUAAAGUAAUGCUUUCACUAAUAAACGGACCGAUGCAAUCUAUUAUUGACAGCAAAGACGAAAAGAUAAAGGCAUUAGAACUGGCUGUUGAUCGUUUAGAGUGCAAAAAUAAACAAAUGAAACACGAUCAGCAGCCACAAGAUAUGACAAAAUUUUACCUUAGAAAAACUCUGGAAAAUUGUAUCCGUCAAAUCGAGAAACAGGAAGAGGAGAACAAGACGUCAGAGGAAAAAAUGCGACUACUUGAAGAUUUGCGAAAGAAUGAUAAAGAGUGCAUCGAUAUUUUACGAGCUCAAACGACUGACCUAGAAAUGAAACUGUGUAAAAGCGAUGAAGAAGUUCAAUGGUUAAAACAACAAUAUGAAAAAGAAAUAGAAGAACUGAAAAAAUCGUUGAAAAUGAAAGAUAGCAAAUUACGCGACAUUAGUAAGGUUAAGUUGCGAGUAACAAAACAGAAACAGGAUUUUGAAGCCAAGCAAAAUAAUGACAAUGAAUUUAAUUCGAAAAUGUGUCGACAGGUCAUAGAAUUAAAGCAAGAUCUUCAAUUACACCAAACAAGGUUGAGUAUCUUGGAAAGAGAAAAAAAAAGCCUGCAAGAAAGCUUAUCACAGUCUGAAAACCUGCAACGACAAGAUCAAAAAUCAUCAUAUGUUUUGCAAAUGAAGAUUGUGGAACUUCAAGAGAAACUAGAUUUUAGCUACAAGAAGAAUGACGAACUGGAAAAACAAUGUAAAAUAGCAGAUGAUAAAUUGUUUCUUGCCGAGGAAAAACUAAAGCAAUCGUACAGAUAUUCUCACAUUAAGUUAACAAGACAUAGAAAUAAAGCGAACCACAAAGACGAGCGUACAAAGAAAGGAAUGAAAUUUAAUGAAAAAGAAAAGUAUGAAUGCAAAAAGAGCGAGACCUCGAGGGGACCCAUACACGAUAAAGUAAAAUUAAAGAAAGCCUUUUCAAAUAAUACAACGAAUGCACAGAAAAAUGAAAUGAAACCAGAGAAGUUUAAUGAACUUCAAGAUACCAUGUACAUGAAACAAGAAACGACUGCAUACCAAAAUCACCAUCAAGUAUCAUUUUUAACGAAGACCAUGUUGAGGAUUUAAAUAUAUCUGAAUUAAACUGUGAUAAGAGUGAUGACCGUGAUGAAUUGGAAAGUGAAGAAGAGUACGUUUUAGUUGGCGAUACAACGUCUAGAAAGAAACAGCUGGUUAUCACUAGAGAUAAAAGAAGACCAUCUUCAUCAGACGAUACAUGUAGUACUAACAGUAGCGCUUCUUCAUCAAGGCGAGGCUCGACCCAGUGUCCCCGCCCUGAGAGACAUCAAUUUAAAGUGUUGAAAGUUCGUAAAGUGAGCAAAGAGAACAUUUCUCAUUUUCAGAAAAACAUUUCCCACAAGAAUUUAACGAACAGACAAUGUUCGAAAGAGUUACGAUGAUUGGAGAAAUGAUAAAUUAAUGAAAUGGAAACACCGUUUUACCGUAUUUAGACCAAUAAAGGAACGUAGUUUGCAACUGUGUGGAUAAAUAAAAAUCUCCACAAGUCGAUAUAUCUUAGUAAUAUAGAUGAUAUAAUGACAUUACUGUUUAUGUUCACAAUGUGAACUAUGACUGAAAUGUACAACAAAAUUGUACUGAGCUAAUAGAACAAUUGCAUUUUUCAAUUCUCAAACAUGUCAAUGUCUUUCGCUUUCUCAAACGCAUAAGAAUAUGGAUGAAUUUAUAAGCAGAAAAUAUGAAUAUGUGAGUUUUGAUUUAUA